AUGGUUCUCGGUAUUUCUCAAAAUCUCAUACAAGCCGCCCUAGUGAACUACCAAUACGUAUUCGUCCCCCGUAACAUCUAUCGAGUGGACGGGUAUCAGGCAGAUAUCCUCGGCCGCUUCUCCGACGACCCGGAUGACGACGGGCACACCAUAACCAUGACACGCAAUAGGCUCAUCGCUGCCAAGAACACCGAUCCGCAAGUAAGAUUGUGGUCAACAAUGCAAACUUGCAGCGGUAUACUUCAAGACGAUGAAUUUCCCUGUCGCGCACCGGGUACCCAGUACACUCUUGGGAACCUAGCAAACGUUAAGGACGCCUUCUGGUCUCAGCUUCCGAUCGGGUUUAGCACAGGGCUUCUCAGACAAUUUGCUCCUACGAUAAAUUCGACAACAUCUUUGAACAGCCUUACCUCCGAAGAGUUUGAGCUGAGCUGCCUCAACAAGAAUGAUUCGCUAUAUUUGUCCUACCAUGGCCAGGAUCCGAAUGUUGAGUUUAAUUUCGAAGUUUGCAUGCCUGGAAAUAUGACGCAGUCUCCAUGGAAAGCGAUACGUACUCGGCAGGAGUUUCGUGAGGAACUUUUGCUUAGAGCCAGUCUAUCGGGAUCAGGCCGAGAAACGUUUAAAUCUGGCAUACACGUUCGCAAUAUCAGCGUCAGUACAACAGCAGCAUACUUCCAGCUGCCAAACUACGAUAAUUACCAGUCCAUAUUACCCAGGCUAGAUUCAGAUGCGGAUCCCACAGAACUUUGCGGCAAACUACCAGAUUGCGCUAUUCAAACGAUGGGGACGAAGAAAUAUUCUCGCAUGGUGGUGGCCAACGACACCAACUCAGGGACGAAAAAUGUAACGAAGAACCCGCACAAAGGCCCUCUUCUGACAAUCGCGCUUGCGCUCUUUGGUCCCGGGUCUUUCUUCAACAACACGCGCAAGGACUACGGCGUUGAUGAACUUGGGCAAGCUCAGUGUUCCCGGGUGCUACCCAUGACCCACCUCUUCCGGCAAGCCGACGGCCGCCGAAUCGGAUCUACCGAUAUCGAUCCGUGCAUCAAGAAAACGAAGGAAGACAGGACUGUCUCGCUUCAGGCGCAAUACAUAUGGUCCUUCUUGACAGACUCGGUCGAUGACCAGGCACGAAUUACCAAUGCUUUCGAUGCCGCAGCUUUCUUGACCCACGACGUGGUCAUGACGGGCAGCCUGUCAAAGAGCGAUUGGAAAAUAUCUUACGACCUCGGAGACUCUAAUUACAUUAUCCCCGACAUUGAGCACUACCCUCGCCGAAUUAUAUCGGCCCAUCUUGCUGUCUACUUGGCCUGUCUCGUGGCUUUAGCCAUGUACAGUGCAGUGAUACCGCGAUGGGCUUCCGAACUGGAUUCUUUGGUCAUGAUGCAGAUUGGUGCGUCAAUGGCGGCUGAAUUACCCUUUCUUUUGACCCCUGAAGCAGAAGAUGUCGAGGUGCUUGAUUCAGCCGAUGGUUGGAUUGGUGAAGAAACCGGGGGCAACGGAACGGAGGACGACGAAGGAUCUUCGGGGGGGGGCACUACCGCAAAUAUCAGCGCCCUCAAACUCGGUGGAAGCACGCCGCUGAAAGGAGGACGCAGGUACAGAAGCUACACUCACAAGGACGAUUGCUGGUAUGAUUGGUUGCCUUUCUACCACACCUACUCUGGUGGCCACAUGCAGUCAGCUGGGACGAAGGAAUGA